AUGCCAAGAACGAGAGUUUCAAGUGAUUGCGGCCUGCUCAAGUAUCUGCUUCGCAAUGGAUUGAGGGUAGACGAUCGAGACAGUUGGAAAUACUUAGCUCUCUUGAUGGAAGUUUGUUAUGGGGUUCCAAAGGCGAAACAAGCAGUAGUGAAACUAAUGAGGUCGACAUUCGCAGGCGAAGUCGGUCAUCUUCUGGAUAAUAUACGCGAUUUUCAGCAAGCUAAUUUCAUUGUUGAAUUACUUUCAAACUGUUUUCCGAGAAAGUCAACUCAUGAAGUGGGCGUUGUAAUGCCACCUAUCCUAUGGAGGGAGGGCAGGCAGAACGAUUCCUUUUUUAAUAGCACUCUGUACCCAUUUCGUGGAAGACAUGGCGACGCUCAAGUCAUAAACUUUUUGCUGGAUGUAUUCCAGCCCAGGAUGAGAGAUGUGAUGCUGGUUGGCAGUGUUACCUAUCACUCGAGCGGUGCCAGCGGUAAUGAGAAGCUUCUGAGAUCUGGCAGGGCGAACGGAAAUUCUAAACACUUUUAUCUGCAGGCAAGCCAUGAUUGCAUAUAUCUGUGGGAUGGGAAUGGUAUGUUCCUAGAGAUUAACCGUCGACUCAUUAAGAUUAGUAUGACGGGGAUCCGGAGUGUGAAAAUUGCAGUUGUUGGCAAGCCUUUGAACUGCUUUCGUUCUGCGAAUGAGACAUGGCUGCAGCAGUUUUCACGCGCUGAAUGGCUUCUUCUAGACGCGGAUGACCAAAGUUCCUAUGAGGAAUUCUGUAAGACAAUAGGCUCUGUGAAAAAAGUUAGCGAGGUACAAACUUAUCUCGUGCUUAAUCAUACGGAUGAGGAUCAUAGUGAUCGAGUCGACUGUACUGUUGGGGAGGGGGCUCAAUUGCCUGACUACUCCUCUAACCAUGAACCGUUAAGAUCAGACUCUUCACGGGCUGAGCGCGAUAGCCGCCCAGCGAAAAAAGACCAAUUGGUGACGCCGGAGCAAUCAGAUGCAAGGAUUUGCAGCGAUGAGUGGGACUUUAAACCUUCAUCCGAGGAACAAGCUGCUAAUUCGUCGGCAAUGCAAGUCGCGAAGCGCAAUACUCCAAGCGGGGGUGAUGACUUGGAUGAUGUGGAUCUACCGGGCGAUGACGGAUCGCCACUGGUGCUUGCUCAGAAGAGAAAGAAAAUUAGAGAGGCGACUAAAACAUUGGAGAUUUUGAAGAACGACUUUGCGCUAGUGAGCAACCCGCCCUCCUCGAAAGCUGACGAUUGUAAGAUUCUACAGCGAUCCCCGUCCUUACUUAUAACUAAGUAUCAGACAAAGAAAGGAUCAUUAAAAGACCCCAUGGAAGGCAACUCAAAGGUCACCGAUCCAAGUGGGAAUGUGACAAAGUCCAUUGCGCCUAGAGAUCUCAAUAUUCUCGAUUCGAUCUUCAGAAAGCCCGAACUUUCCACACGCAAAAAGGUCAAAGGGCAACGGACGCUCAAAAAUUACAGACCUGUAAUCGAAGUACCUUCGCAAAACGUUCCGACACUCAAAACAAGGAAUCAGAAGAAAAAAGUAUACGCUGAUUGCAGUAAGGAUGCUGCCGUCACAACACCAGAUUCCCGUAGGUCCAAAAAGCAAACCAAAAAUAAUGAAGCGGCAUCUGUGGACUCAAAUUUGUCUGUCGAUAAAGCACAGAGCGCUGUAGCAACCAAGCGGCCAUCAGAAGGAAUUACUGGUGAAGUUAAAUCGACAAAGAAAAGUAAGCCGCGAGGUUCUAGGGCCUCAAACGCUCAAUUUGACGAUGGCAUGGCAAAUAUAGAAAAGAUCGACAAUCCUACCCUUGAUAAUACUGAUAUAAUGGACUCCACGACCAUUCUGGGUAAUAUAUCCUACGCUACGCCAUUGCCCGUUCCGACAGGCAAUGUCUUCACUGAUAGGUUGCAGGAGCAGAUUUUCAGUUCAAUCUCUCAUUUUUCCAAUGAAAUGGUUAGGAAGAUGACAAUCAUCAACAAUGAGUUGAACAACACAAUCGUUAAAGAAUUGUCAGGAAAAUACCAAAAACUGUUUCAGCAGCUGCAGAAGAGCUUUCAGGAGGAUACUGAGGAGAUGCUACAAUUUGUAGCCGAGAUCAAAGACAUGAUGAAGCUACCUGAAAACGAGUUGCUAAUCCAAAUCAAAUCUCGAAAAUCAAAGGCGGUAAACCUGAGAACGGAGCCCUCAGCGAAGUGA